GCCCGCCUACCUGCCUCUGCAGUAAUUAGCCUAAAUCGUGCAGAAAAAGUUCGUACACCAUGCUACAGAAAUUAGGGACCUCUGACCCCAAGCGCGCGGCUCGAAACACGAGAAUGGCAGAUGUGGACAGCAAAGAGAGUUCUACCACAGAGGUUGAGGAGGAUGUUGCCAUAGAUACUGGUGUAGUAGAGAGCUUUGAUGUCGCCGAAUCCCAGGAGGUGGAAAUGCAGGAAACUGUUAGUGCUUCUGACCCAGAAUCAAUGGAACCUCCCUGUGAUGAUGAUGGAACAUCCACAGAUAACAAAGAAAAUGUUUCUGUGGAAGUUGGCUCCACUGAUACAGGGGGGGAGAAGUUAAAAGAAAGCACAGGGGUUAAAGGAGACUGCUAUUGUGGUAAAGAGAGAAACCCUAAUAACAUUGAGCUUCAAUGCAGUGUCUGCCUGAAGUGGUUCCAUAAGAAUUGCAUCACAUGCAAUGUGGGGAACUGCAUACCUUACAUGAUGACUUAUUCCUUCUGCUGCAAGUAUUGCAAUCCGGCCAAAAAUGAAGUCUACAGUCGCAGGAUGGCCAAUUUCAGUCAGUUGUGCCACAUGGCCCUUGCCAACCUGACGGCCCAACAGCGUCUGAUGGGUUCCAACAAGAUUCUAUUCUCCAAGGAGAAAGAGUUGAUUCCAUUUAUCAAUCAGAACUGGGAAGCACUGACACCAAUGCAGAAACGGACAACAACCACAUGGCAUGGUACCAUCGUCAAAGCCAUGAUGAAAGACAGUGACAUCUUCAUUUAUAAGGAGAAACCAGAGGCUAGCGAAGCCAGUGAAGAGGACUACCCACUCUUUGGACUCAUUGAUCAGGAUUUGACAAAGAUCAGUCCAAACUAUGACCCGUCCAAGCAGAGUGGGGCCAUCAAGGGAGAAGUCAGCCAGAAACUCAGCUCUUCUCUGUCAGCAUCGCUGAAUGGAAGCAGUCUGUCAUCUUCCUUGGGCAAGAGUCGUGGAACCAAGAGGAAGGGUCUGGAAAACAGUCAGAAUAUCACGUCAGGAAAGAAGACCAGGAAUGACAUGAUAACAGCACAAAAGCUACCCCCUCAUGGAUACCCCUUGGAACACCCCUUCAACAAAGAUGGUUACCGAUACAUCUUGACAGAACAGGACCCCCACGCACCAAGCAGUGCUUUUGAAGAAGAUAUGUGGAUAGGGAAACCUAUUCCUGCUUUGCUGUAUCGGAUGGCAUUACCUAGAGAGGUGUACUUGGCAUCACAUGACAGAGCUCCUCAACUGAAGAUCUCAGAGAACCGGUUGUCAGUCACAGGAGAGAAGGGUUACUCCAUGGUCCGAUGCACCCAUGGUACAAACCGAGGAGCGUGGUAUAUGGAGAUGACAAUUGAUGAGAUGCCGGAAGGCACCGCUACCAGGAUUGGAUGGUCACAACCAUUAGGUAAUCUGCAAGCACCUCUUGGUUAUGACAAAUUCAGCUACUCGUGGCGAAGCAGGAAAGGAACUCGCUUCCAUCAGAGCAUUGGUAAACACUAUGGAGAAGGGUAUACUAUUGGAGAUGUCCUGGGACUGUACAUUAAACUGCCAGGGAGGGUAACACCUGAUAAGCUUCUUCCAUUAACAUACAAAGAUCGGGCUCUAAUCAAAUUCAAGAGCCAUCUGUACUUUGAGGAGAAGGAUCAGGUGCAGGAGACAGAGAAUGCCCUGAACCUGUGUCCAGGAACAAAGAUUGCCUUUUACAAGAAUGGGGUCAGCCAGGGAGUAGCAUUUGAAGACAUCUUUGAGGGAACUUAUUACCCAGCCAUUUCACUCUACAAAGGGUGCACGGUUUCGGUCAACUUUGGCCCACAAUUCAAGUUCCCCCCACAAGAUCUUGAAGACUUUCUUCCAAUCAGCGAGCUUGCCCAUCGUGCCAUGGUGGAGCAGACAUUGGCCAAUCUAGUCUACCAUGUGGACCAUGAACAGGACUUUAUAGAUGCUAGUAAGGGAUUGUUACCACAAUCAUGUUGAUGAAAACUUCCUCAAAGACACUUCAGUCAAAAUUCAAGCUUUUCAAGUGUACAGAACCUACAGUUGACUUGCAACCAAUUAAGGUUACAGUAAUGACUCUUGGCCAGAAAUCAGUGUGUGCCAUACUGGAAAUGAUGGCAAAUAGUGGGUGGCCAUAAUGGAUUUGCAGCUUACUGUUUACAUUAAGGGGAUAGGAUGGAGAGGAAGCCUCAUUAUUAAUUGCCAGAUGAAAACAGCUUGCAGUUGGCUACAGUAGAUGGGUGGCCAAGGACAACUGGUGGCCUCCAACGAGUGGCCUCUAACUAGUGGAUUCCAACUAAUGGUCACAACACACAGGCCUGUGAGUGAGCCACACUGGAUGAACAGCACCGCAGUAACAGUUGAUAACCACACCAAACUUAGCCAGGGAGCCAUUGUAUAAUUUUAUUUCUUCAGUGGACAAACAAUCAUACUACCAAGUUGUUGAAGACAGCUUACUUUGGGUACCUUGUCAUCUUGUGCUUUUUUCAACAAUAGAUUGCCUGCUUAGCCAAAAGCACUUUCCCUUGAUGGUCACACUUUUAUUUGUUUCAGUGUCUCUUUUUCUUGUUUGUUUCGGUAAUCAGAUCUUCAACUGUCAGGUUUCUGGUCUCACAAAACCCUUUGAGCAAAUAUAUGCAGACUGUAGCAGACUAAAUCAAAUGACCGCUGGCAUUCCCCCCCCAAAUUUCUUCUAGUAACAUUUAUUUGUUUCAAGUGCCUCAGUCAUUAUUCUGCAACAAGUUUGGCUAUCUGUCAUAAAACUCAUAGUUGAUAUUUUACAGUCUUUAAAAUUCCACACAAAGCCUUCUAUUGACUAUUUUGUUUGAUUGCUUGUGGCUUUUAUCUGUUCUUGAAAUAAAAUGAAUAUUAAUUUUCGCUUAGUGUAGGCCAGUGGAUAAUGAACAAUGAGUAAUGUAUAGUCCUUUUUAGGGUUCUUUUGUACAUUUUACAUUAAAAGCUACUGUCAUACGAA